AUGUCCUUAUGCAUGUUCUUUGUGUUCUUCGUGUUCUUCAUGUUCUUCGUGCUAGGUGAUCAGCUCAUUAUGUCUACAAGUAGGUGUGAUAGUCACGCUGAUUCAGUCUGUCGACUGUCUUGUUCGUUUAGUGAAGAAGAUUUUAGUUCUCUCUUUCAAAGUUCUGCUGAGAUGGUUGAUUGCAACCGAAUUACAGUAGUAGAAUUGGGGGGUCGUCCUUUAGGUGAUGUUACUGGAAGGGGAAUAGAUUCUAACGAACCUAUUGAUGGUGGUAUGCCGGGUUCUGGUAGUAUGCUUAGUUCUAAUCCUAGGUCUUCCAUAAGUUUAGGUGAGUUGACCUAUCUUCGUCGUCAUUAUGAGAUCCCUGAUACCAUCAGUCUGCAUGCUCCUGCUAAGGCGGAGCGGCCUGACUAG